AUGGCACUCCUAACACCCCAGGGAGUGAAAAAAGUCUUCCAGUGUCAGAAACCAGAAGGUCGGGAGCACCUACGGAGACUGCUGAACUGGGAACAGUUUGACGAAGUGAGAGACUCCCGCAGAAGCAUCCUGCUGGAUACGCUCUACGAAAGCAUCAUCUUUGCUGCGGGCAAAGGCUUCCCAUGGGUGGAGGUGGUCAAGGUGGUCAAGUUCACAGAAGAGCUGCUCGAGGAAACCAAAGGCUGCUCCAUCACCGAGGCUGUGACCAUCCUAGGGAAUAAGCUCAGAGAUUACCAGGGGCAGUUCAACACCACCCAUCUGCUGGCCCUCUGUGACUACUUCUACUUCACCUUCAUCCACCACUACAGACUCUACCAAUAUGUCCUGGGCCAGGACCAGGAAGUCAACCUGACCGUCACCCACCUGGAGGUGUGUGCACCGCCCCAGCCCCUCCCGUUGGCUGAGGGCAAGGACAGGGACCUGUGGAAGCAUGAGCAGCAGGUGGCGGAGCUUGGUAUGGCUGAGGCGCAGAAGCACAUUCACCUGCUGCUCCUGAAGGAGUCGCUGCAGCUGAAGCGGGAGCACAUGCUACAGAAGUUCUUGGAGGUGCCUGUGCAGCAAAGCCGGGUUCUGAAGAGAGAGGAGUUAGAAAACUUCAUCAAUGAGGCCAUUCACAUCCAGACCGAAUCCCUGAAAGAGGUGCUGCAGUGUGAGAUACAGGCAAUUUACGAUAUUUUGGACCUGAAACUUCAGAAGAAGACUUUAAAUCUCAAUGCUCCCAUCCCUUUCCCACUGUCAAUCGCUGGUCAGUCAGGCCAAGAUGAAGCUCUUAAGUUCAACAAGGCACGCAAAGAAAAGAAAGCAAAGGGCAAGAAGAUGUAA